GGGGGGACUAGGAUUUUAGAAGUCUCCAUAACGUUUUCCUUUCAGGAAACACAUCCUGGUAACGUUUGACUGUGGUGGCAGUGGCUCUGUUUGUUGCAGUCGGCUACGCCCUGAGGCUCACCAAAAACAGCCACAAAAACAACCAUUUCCUUUCUGUUGAGAGACAGAGGGGGAGGGAAAAAACCCACUUCCUCACAGCAGAGUUUCUCCUCUCCAGUCUCUUUCACUUGCUGCUCUGACAGUGUAAGAGGAACUGGAGAGGAGCAGAUUCCUCUGUAUACUCCAAACUUCCAGAGCACCUUUGGGAUGAAGGCAUUCACUUCAAAUUUGGCUUGGAUUUUAGAAUGAAGUUUCCUUCUGUUUGUGGGAUGUUCUGAGUUUUGUGGCUGAAAAGGCUUUCAGAGGUGCUGCUUCAUGACUCUUAUGUGAGUCUCUUUCUCCUCUUGCAGCUGCAUUCUGAAGAGCUGAGGCAUUGUGUCUGCAAGCAUUUCAGUCUGUUUUCCCAGGAACAACUCAGGUUUUCCCAAUUCAAGACUGGAUACUCUCUGGCUUUGCCUUGUCCCACAAGGAAUGGACCUCCCUGUUCUUCAGUUCAUUACCAGACUGGCUUUGCUCAUCCAGGUGCAGGAAGGUGGAUAAGGCACAGCUUGGAAGGACAGAGACCUGCAAGCUCUUCUUUGUGCUUGUAUUUUAUGGAAUUCUUCUACCUACCUGACUGUGUUCUUAUCUGCUUGGUCAGAAACACCUUAGGAGUUGACUUUGAGAAUGAACGGUGAUGUUCUCUAGCCCCCCAUAACAUCAUACUGCAGCUGCCUCCUAUAUCAAGUCCUACUUCAAUGUGCUGCAGCUCAUCAGGACCUUGGAUCUUCUGCAAAUAGAGACUGGCAGCAGUCAACAGUCAGAUAUGACUGUCCAGAAACUGGUAGCCACAGCUGUGUUGGUAGCCCUGGUCUCACUUAUUCUGAACAAUGCAGCUGCCUUUACUCCCAAUUGGGUAUACCAGACCCUGGAGGAUGGGCGUAAGCGCAGUGUGGGGCUGUGGAAGAUGUGCUGGCUGGCAGAGAAGGGAAGAGGAGGUGCAGGCACGGGCACCAGACAUGGGCAAGGGGAGGAGCGAGAGUGUGAAUCCCUGGGCUGGGGUUCAGAGUCAGCCGGGUUCCAGGAAUCUCGUAGCACUGUCAAACUGCAGUUUGACAUGAUGCGGGCCUGUAACCUAAUCGCUACCGUCGCCUUGACUGCUGGUCAGCUCAUUUUCGUCUUGGGCCUAGUGGAACUGCCUGUUAUUUCACAGGAUGUCCAGUGGUGGGAGGAAGCCAUAGCUGCUGUGUUCCAACUUGCCAGUUUUGUUCUGGUCAUUGGAUUGGUAACUUUCUACCGUAUAGGGCCCUACACCAACCUGUCCUGGUCUUGCUACCUGAACAUUGGGGCCUGCCUCCUGGCCACACUGGCAGCCGCCAUCCUCAUAUGGAACAUCCUUCACAGGCGGGAGGACUGCAUGGCGCCUCGGGUCAUUGUCAUUAGCCGUACCCUGACUGCUCACUUCCGCCGGGGGCUGGAGAAUGACUAUGUUGAGUCACCAUGCUGAGAGCAUGUGCUUAAAAAGGGAGAGUCCUCUGAGGAGACUUGCAUUGGAAUUGUUUUCUAUAAGUAUACAUUGUAAUUUAAAACUAAGU